AUGGACUGAGGGAGGGCUUACGCUCGGUAGUGGCGGUGAAAACAUUAAUCGUCUCCUAUCAUAUGGCAGCUAAUUGGUGUUUUGUAGUUACAGUAGAGUUGUCAAAGUGCGAGGAAUAAUACAGAGACGUCACAAAGUCUAGAAUUAUUGACCGUGCGUGGGAAUUAAGGAUGUUUUUUGCAGUGCCCUGAUUUCCCUCCCCCCAAGCUUUCCAAGUGAACCAAAAUAUCAAACAUCAAGCACGAGUCAAGGAAGAUACACAAGUGGCUUGAGCCGAGCGGAAUAUUCGCGACUCGUGUCUCCAUGCGGUGUCUUUAGUGGAAAUCGUCAAGAGGUGUGGAAAAAAGUGGAGGAAAAGUCUUGGUAGUGGAAGAGGCAGCGGCGGCGGUGGUGGUCGCAAGCCAAGUCUCUGCGGGGUUAUUUUUGAAGCCUCCUCUUUUACUGUUUUGGCUGCCGUGAAUUUGGGAUUUGCAGUGUCUCGCUGAAGGGAACUGCCUUUGAUUUCUGUUCUUGUGUUUGUGUGAUGGUUAUCCGAUCAACCAUACUGUGAAAAAAGAGAGAGAAAAAGUUUUGUUUUAUUCGGAGAGAUCCGUAUAUACGGUAAGGAGCUACGAUUUACAACCGCAAUAUAGUUUUAUAUUGUUGAUACAUUACCUCUAAAGAACCAGGAGUUGAAAUUGUUUACUUUAAAAAAUAAAGUUCGAAUUGCCAAGUGUGCACGUGAGGUCAAGAAGUGGACAAGUUCCCCUCCCCUUCCCACCCCAGCCAUCGAGGGGUCAGAGGGCAGCCGAGGUCAAGGUCAGAGCCAGCGAGUGACAGCAGGCAAGCGCCCGUGGCAUUGAUGGCGGGGUAAGCGGCGACAGGGCUCGUGGCCCAUGACUUCUCUCGGCCAUCAUGACUGUUAUGUGGUGGACUCGCUAUUAGAUUUGAUCCAUGAGGAAAGGCAGUCCGGGGAGGGGGCCGGCGCGCCCCGUGUCAUGGUGUAUCGGGGUGACCAGUGGCGGCCCCCUGGCACGCCUCGACCCCAGGCCAGGGGAAGACACCAGGAUUGAUACCGUGUUGGCAGGGCGCGGGCUGGCCAGGUCGACCUCGUACCAGGCGCUGCACUCAGCCCUCGCCAGACUCUACCGGAUCGACGACUUCACCAUGGAGCGGAUCGGCGCUGGGUUCUUCUCCGAGGUGUUCAAGGUGCGGCAUCGUGUGACAGGUGACGUGAUGGUGCUCAAGAUGAACAAACUCCUCAGUAAUCGGCACAAUAUGCUGAGGGAGGUGGAGCUGAUGAACCGACUCCAUCACCCCAAUAUCUUAAGCUAUUACGGUGUUUGUGUGAACGAAGGCCAAGUUCAUGCUUUAACAGAGUACAUAAACGGAGGCUCCCUCGACGCCCUCAUCGGGAACCACGCCGUCCUGCUGUCGUGGGCGACCCGCGUGUCCCUGGCGCUGGACGUGGCUCGUGGCAUGGCGUAUCUGCACUCCAAGGGCGUCUUCCACAGAGAUCUCACUUCCAAGAAUGUGUUAAUCAAGCACACAGAGGAAGGUGGAGAACACAAACUAACAGCUGUCAUUGCGGACUUCGGAUUGGCUGCCCCGAUCCCUCACGAAAAGUGCGUGCGUCUCCGCCAGGUGGGUUCGCCGUACUGGAUGGCGCCCGAGGUGAUCCGCGGCGACUGGUACGACCAUCGGGUGGACGUCUUCAGCUUCGGGAUCAUCGUCUGCGAGUUGAUUGCGAGAUGCGAUGCUGAUCCUGACAUUCUGCCGAGAACACACAACUUUGGGGUGCAUUAUUUAGACUUCUAUCAAAUGUGCCAACAAGACUGUCCAGCGGCCUUCCUACAGAUGGCCUUCCAGUGCUGCCAGAUUGACCCAGCAACCCGUCCUACUUUUGAAGAGCUGACGACAAAGUUAGAAUCUCUUUUGCAUCAGCUGAUCACACCUCGCCAUAUGCCUAGGAAGAUCAAAGUCUGUCACCGGCGAUCCCUGUCUGACGACACAUUCCUCUUGCUGCGCAACCAAGUGCUGGAGGCGGGCUGCAUCACGAGCAGCCCGGGAACGGCCCACCCGGUCACCACGCUGGCCGACUCCACGGCCGUGACGCCGCAGGAGAUCGUGGAGAAGAUGAGCGCAGCGGACCCCUACUUCCAGCCAUCCACUGGAACCGUGAACCCCUUCGCACAGCUGAAGCUUCCCGCAAGGUCACAACUGGUGCUCCAGGAGGGCGGCCGCUACUGCCACUCCCUGCCGGACUCGCCCGGCCUCCUGGCCCACUCGUCCUGCCUGGAGACCAACAAGCACCUCCACACGUCGGACUCCUGCCUCUGCCCUCACUCGACUAAUGCUCAUUGCCAGUGCCAUGUUAACCAUAGACAGUUCUCGUCACAAGUGGACAACAACAGAAAACAUUGUCAGUGUGUGCACAGUGGGAAAGUGUUGAAAGUUUGCGAGAAAGACGUGACGGAUUACAAGUGUAGAUUUAGUAGACUUGCCAGUGCAGAGGGCAGCCCCUCGGUGUGGCAGCACGACAUGUGCAGAACGCCCUGCCACGUGGAGGAGGAUGGGCCGGCCAGCAGCAGCCCCAGGUCGGACGUCGGGAGCGGAGGCGAAGGAGGAGGCACAGUAUUACAAAGCAAUCACCUGGGGGGGCCAGUGCGCCGCCGCGGGUCGGGCGAGAGCGGGUUUUUUAGCGUCGGGGACGUGGAGCGCAUAGGCACGCCCGAGCUGUGCCUCUCCUACUCGGAGCUGAGCACCGCCUCGCUCAUCUCCACCGAGGACGAUGACCAGGGACACCACUGCCUCGUACAAAGGUCCUCCUCCGUGGUGACCGACAGCUCCGAGGACCUAUCUAGUCUAGGCUGCUGCCACGACCCCCAACACUCAUGCGACCUCUCCUCCCUCUGCGAGAGCGAGGACAUCAUCCCGGGCAGCCGCCUGUCGGAUCACGAGGUCGACACCGACAUCCGCCAGAUCGUGGACUUCUUCGAGAGAAACAUCGGGUCGGGCACAGGGUCCGACGGCCCGAGGCGCUCGUCCUCCCGAGUGCGCCGCCAGGGAUGUUUGGUGCCGCUGUUAACCCACAAGUUCAGUUCUCUUCACACUGGCCAUCGCUUGAUAAGCAUAUCAAGCACGCCAUGUCCAGUGCAUAAUAACAACGGAGCCUCGACUCCUUGCAAUAAGUCAUUCAGCACCAAAGAUUGUGCAAUACCAAAGUCCUGUCGCCAGCCGUGCUCGAGGCCCGAGCGACGCGACACCUUUCGAGUGAAGGACAGACCAAAAGUGUACAUUACAGAGGGUACCGUCCGUGCAAAGCGCGAUAUAUUUGAAGCUAAGUGAGCCAAGUGAAAUAUAUUUUCUUUAUGUGAAAAUAGAUAUAAUGUAAAUUGUUGAUAUUUUUGUUCUUCCUAGUCACAAGCUAAAGUGUUUUGUGAUAUUGAACUAACAGUUUUCUCUUCCUUUGUCUUUAGAUGAUGUCAAAUAAAACAAAAACCGA